AUCGGUACAUGUAAUAUAAUAUAUAAUUAUAUUAACUUUAGUUAUUGUACUUUAAAAUACUUUACAGCUAGUAUUUAUGUUCAACAGUAUAAUGAAUAAAGUUUAAUGCCUGCUAUGUCAUUAUAACACAUUAGUUAAAAUUCCUACCAUUUUUCUCUUUGAUAACACUGUUCAAUAACUGCCGCAAAGCUUUUUAAACAUUCGGUACGCUAGUUUUAAGAUGUUAGAUAACUUGAAUUUUGUCAGUCACAGUUGAGUGAACAUAUUAUAUUUCACCUAAUUAUCAAGUUCUAAUAGGAUAUUUUCACCCAGUUUCUUUAUUAUACCUAUUGUAUACAAGUCAGUCGAUGGCUUUGUUAGGGUUUUUUACAGAUGGCUCGUCAAGUCAUUUAAAUAUUUCCCAAUAACGGAGGAGUGUCCUUCCAGAAAAGAGAAUUUUAACCCUGCAAAGACAUUGAUCAAUGGAACCGGGAUCCAGUCCCUGACUUUGUAUGGAAUAUUGGUCUGGGUGGAAUUGAUCAAGUCUUAGACUAGAUACAACUCCUAACAAUCUGGAUACAACUCACCUUAUUAAAGCAGGCAGCAUUCCCUCAGAAAGAACACAGAACCUGGAGGCCGCUGGUGAAGAGUAGAAAGAAAGCUGUGCCAGUACCCCCUCCCCGACCAUCCACGUAUGUCAUGGGUGAAACCCAGAGGGGUGAAGCAAUCCUCCGAAACUUGGCCCAGCAGCUCUUGUCACACAGCGAGUAUCAACACUUCAAAUACGCUGUGAAUAAUUUCCAGCAGACCAAGUCUGUGCCGACUCUGUGCCAUCAGUUGCGUCCUAUGAUCAAUUCUACAGAGAGACUACUGUUGCUGGUAGAGCUGUGCAACAGGUUACCGAAAUCUCUGCAGGAAGACUUUCAUAGAAUCUGCAGCAUCCAGUUUCCUAACUACGAAACUUAUUUACGGAUCUACAGUAAUGAUAACGCAAUGACGGAAAUUCCAAAAGUCAUUGCUCAAGAUUCCUCUGGAAAAUUCAAAAUUGUCUCUCAUGGCAGUGAAAAGAAAAUCUUAGUUGAUUACAAUGGAUACAAAAAUGGUGACCUGGUAUCCCAACAUGGAACCAGUGUUACAAGUGGAAUUUACAGUGAACAAGAUGACUUGACGUCGUUGAAACACUUGGGUAAUGAGAAAGACGAUGAUGUGUUUGUUUGGACUCCCCAGUAUGGGAGAAUCGACUCCAGUAAAUCGGCGUUCGUUUCCAGAGAAUCCUACGAUGGUGCCAUCAGACGAGUGUUUAUUGCUCGGAGGGAUGAUGGCAGUCUUGGGCUGGGGAUUGUCGGGGGUCGAGAGUACGGAACUGACAUUAUCAUCAGUGUGGUGGAUCCAGAGGGGCCUGCUGCUGAACAGGGUGUUCGUGCAGGAGAUAGAAUUUUAGAAGUAAACGGUACAGACUUCCACCAGAUGUCGCACGCGGAGGCUGUUACGUUAAUGAGGAACGCUUGGAACGUCAUCAUGAAGGUCCAAUCAGCAUCUAUCUAUAGACAAGGCAGCCAAGGUGAUCGGCCACAAAAUGUCCAUGUGAGGGACAUUGAGCUGAUAGUUCACCCAGGGGCGGAUGGGAGACUGGGCUGUUCUACAAACAGUGUUCUUAUGGAGAACAAAAAGUCCGAGAAUGUAAAAAGACAAAACAAGGUUCGUUACCUAGUGGUAAAAGAUGUGGAUAAGAACUCUCCUGCACAGAAGGCAGGAAUAGUGGUCGGUGACUAUAUCACCAAGAUUGAUGGAGUGGAUAUUAGAAAUCUGACAGAGAGACAGAUUACUUCCCUUACCCGCUCCAAACGCCUGCUGGUUUGUGUCCGGCGACUGGUACAAGAUGAUGGUACAGGCCAUUUAGUUCCUUUAGGAUUGAAAAAUUUAAGAAAUUUAAGUGAUGAAUUUUCUCCUGAUUCCUCUUCCUCUCCUGUCUCAAAGAAAUUCAAUGGGUCCUUCCGCUCUGACUCCCCGGAUAGGGACCAGGACAACGGUCUCUUGGAUUUCGAUUCCUCUGAUUACGACCCCAUCCACCAUGUUUACAAGAGUCCCAGCCAGCUCCACCUGGCAACAGAACCACCAGAGAAAAGCCCCCAUCAUCGCCGCCCGAGUAUCCAUGACUCCACCAACAACUGGCUGUUGUCUCCCAAGGGACAGGCAGCCAGGAAGUACUUUGAAAAACUCAGUUUUAUUGCCCCACCCAACGUAGCCACUCGCCAACCUCAUUCUCGCAGUCACUCUGCAGACAGCCUCGGGACUCAGUUUGAGCGUCGAGGGCGGGCCACUCAGAAGAGUGCGUCCCCUGUGGCCUGGGGUAGGCACGCUGCCAGGUAUGUGAGGAGUAGAUCGCAGUCGCCUCAUCAAUUACAGAGACAGCAGAGGAUGUCACGGCGCGAUCAAGAUGUGAUGAUGGCACUACAGAUGGGUAUGGAGAAACGCCAGCGCGCAAUUAGACUCUCUCUCUACCAAACUUCUCCACCAAGUGAUGACUUCAACUGGGACAUGUAGUGGACCAUUCAACAACUUUUAUCAUUUACUUGAGAUUAAUAGGUCUUCAUAUUUUAACACAAUCAAAAUAAAAGUUCUGAUAUUUAUUAGUACCG